AUGGAGCAGAUAAUGCUGUCUCCCCUCCACCCGGACUCAAACUUGUGUGCGGAAGAACUUCUCUUGUCGAACGAUGACCUGAACAUCAACUUUCAAGACCAUCCCCUUUCCAGCAAAACGGACGGCUUGACUGUCAACUUCUGUUUCCACGAGCUGGGUUGCCGUCAAGAUGUCCAGCGGUCUUCCCCAUAUGUGAAGGCCGACAAUGUCAACGCAGGAGAAUCGCAUGGUCCCUUCGUGGAUGUGUCGGAUGAUUACUGCCAACAAGACAUUUUCCAGAAGAUCUACAACGAUAUCAAAUCUGAGAGUACAACUUAUGAUCAGCUCAUCGGAAGUACAAAACAGGACGAGAAUCAGCGUGAGAAAAAGUGUGCGACAGUGAAAGCACAGAGUGAAACCCCGAAACAACCUGUAAAUUGCAACAGCUGGUACAAGCUCUCCGAAGCCAAGUCGAGGCACAGCACGAAGCUGACGGAACACGAUGAGCCUUCCGCAAACAUUUGGAGGAUGUGUUAUGCAAAACCUACCAGUCCGACACCUGGAGGCCCGUUUGAUGGAGAUGAUCACAGAAUCCUCUUCAACCAUAGUUCAGCGCAUUUUCCGAUUCAGGUUCAGAAUUAUGGACCCCCUAUCGGACAUUGUGCAAAGCGCAGAUCACCAGAAGGCAACUUUGCGAGGAAUGGACAGAUCGUGACGAAGAAGCAGGCGACGGAGAGAAAUUCGGUUCAGUGCCGCAUCCUGUCUUGCUUGACAGACAUCAAUGGGUGUGGUGCCCCCUAUGCUGUGAUUGCCUGA